AUGGAGUUAGACCUAACACCAAAGAGAGCACAACCAAUGCUUGAAGGAGAUGGUGGUGGUUACUAUAUUUGGUCAAGCUCUCAAGUUCAAGUUUUGGCUCAAACAAAUGUUGGUGCCGGUCAACUUGUUCUUCAACCACGAGGCUUUGCUCUUCCUCAUUAUGCAGAUUCAUCUAAAGUUGGUUAUGUUGUUCAAGGGACUGAUGGUGUAGUUGGAAUGGUGCUCCCCAAAACUGGAAAAGAAGUUGUUUUGAAACUUAAACAAGGAGAUGUCAUACCUGUGCCUAUUGGAGCUAUUUCAUGGUGGUUCAAUGAUGGUCACUCAAACCUUAAUAUUAUAUUUCUUGGUGAAACUUCAACAGCUCAUGUUCCAGGACAAUUCACUUAUUUUUUCUUAACUGGUCUUCAAGGACUUUUAGGAAGUUUCUCUAGUGAAUUAAUAAGCAAAGUAUACAAUUUUAAUAAAGAUGAGGUGACUAAGUUAACACAAAGCCAAAAGGGGGUUGUGAUAAUCAAGUUAGAAAAAGGCCAACAAAUGCCUAAGCCACAAUUGGACCUAACUAAAGACUUUAUUUAUGACAUUGAUACUAAAGUUCCAGAAACUGAGGUCCAAAAUGGGGGAUUAGUGACAACCUUAACUGAGAAAGAUUUUCCUUUUAUUAAGGAUGUUGGGUUGAGUGUGAUUAGAGUUAAACUUGAACCUAAUGCUAUUAAGGCGCCAUCAAAUUUAAUUACCCCUGGGAUUCAGUUAAUUUACAUAGCUAGAGGAAGUGGAAAAAUUGAAAUUGUAGGAUUGAGUGGAAAACGUGUAUUGGAUUCUCAAGUUAAGGCUGGUCAUUUGGUUGUUGUGCCACAUUUUUUUGUAGUUGCUCAAAUUGCAGGUGAUGAAGGAAUGGAGAACUAUUCAAUUGUGACAACAACCAAGCCUUUGUUUGAAGAGUUAGCUGGCAAGACAUCAGUUUGGGGAGCCUUAUCACCUUUGGUGCAAGAAGUGUCUUUCAAUGUGGACUCUAAGUUUCAAAAGCUUUUUAUAUCUAAGGCCACAGAAAACACAAAUCUCAUUCCUCCUACUAUUUAG